AUGAGUAUGGGAAAGAUAACUAGAUCUAAAACUUACAACGAGUUACGCCAUCGAGAGAUCGGCAAUAGACCACCACGAGGUAGACCGCCACGUAGAGGAGUCAUAGACAUAGAGGUAAUCCCGCCAAAUGAGAGAAGACAGGAAAGACCACUUCCGGAAAUUCGCCUACCCAUGCCUCCAGAACCAAGGUUGAAUGAACCGCGGCUAAACGAACCAAGGGUAAAUAUUCCUCAAAGAACAACACCACCUCGAGAGGUUCCAACAGCAUCACGGCCUAAGGAAGUAAAUGCCGGCAAUGUUAGUAAUUCGGUCUCUAGCAAUCAAAAUCAAACAAAUAACGUUUCAUCCCAACCACCUACGAUCAAUGCCACGUCAAAUACAUCAAAUACGGUUACGUUUCCAGGACAAUUAAAUGCAAGUCAACUACAGCAAAAGAUGGCAGCCAUUUACACUCCUCAGAUAGCGUCCAUUAUUAAUAAUGCCGCGUCGAGUGUGGGUGUCAAUUCAGAAGUCAACUCUGAGAAUGUGUUCAAUCCACACUUUAACAAUAAAAAUGUGCCCACACAUACCCCUUCUUACAUCAAUCCUCCAAUGAAUACGUCUAUGAGCAACGGAAAUGUUAUUCAUCCUCAUCCUCAAAUUGCACCCAAUCAUGUUCCAAAUUAUCACAAUAAUCCAAUUAUGGGUACAUACAACCAUUCACCGAUGGUUCAAAAUUAUCCGAUCAUACCUAUCAAUAGUGGCUCAGAUUCAACCGGAGUAUUCCCACACCAUUCAAGUUCAAGUUCUAACAGUAACUUUAUGAAUAUUCCAUCACAUGGGGUAAAUGUAUUAGAUGCGAAUCAUCAGGCCGGCAGCGCUAUCGUGAGAACUCCGAGCACUGCGACCAUUAAUUCCAACGGAACGAUCCCCAGCCCUAUUGAUUCUGUCAAUGGCCCCCCAAUAUCAUUUGUUCCACCCGCGCACAAUUCGGACAAUGCAUCCGUCAACAAUUAUGCUAAUCGGGUGAAUCCUCCUUCGUCAGCUACACCUGAAAGUGCGAGACAAAGGCCUAAGUAUUAUCGUCUUCCAGAUCUAGACUCUCUUGAUACUGUCUAUGAUGUUUGGAAUGAAUGGAAUGUGGGACUAAACGAUAACCCUUCGGUAAUUGCUUUAUUAGAGGUAUAUGGAAAUAAGUGGGCAACCGAAAACAAAGAUCCUUUGAUCGCACGUAAAAAAAUCAUUAAAGAGAUACAGAUAAGGACUAAUGACUCGGAAAUUGAUAAGGUUAUUAAUGACAUGGAAAGAAUGCGAGAUGGUCAUAGUUUAACUUGGUUAGCAAAGAAAUUUGGUAAAAAAAGGACACCUACCCAUCAUGAUGAUUGA